AUGCCGAACCGCCUUCAGGACAAAGUGGCUAUCGUCACCGGCUCUUCUUCCGGAAUUGGUCGUGCCAUCUGCCUCUUGUAUGCCCGUGAAGGAGCGAAAGUGACCUGCGCAGAUCUCACUCCCUCGGCACGACAGGAUAUUGCGGAAGAAGGGGAGGCUGAGACACAUGCCCUGAUUCAAAAAGAAGGCGGACAUGCCAUAUUUGUUAAGACCGAUGUUGGUGAAGCUAGUGAGAUGGAAGCGCUUGUCCAAGCUGCGACGAAAGAAUUUGGAAGAGUAGACAUAUUGGUCAACAAUGCUGGCGUGGCUUUGGAGGCCCGCCGUCCCUUGACCCCAUGCCACGAGACGGACGAGGAAGUGUGGGACAUCACGAUGAGAGUUAAUGCAAAAUCCUGUUUCCUCGGAUCUAAAUUUGCCAUCAGGCAGAUGCUUGCUCAAGAGCCUCAUUCGUCUGGAGACAGAGGGUGGAUCAUCAACAUGGCUUCUGUCAUGGGGAUCGUUGCAUCAAAUGCGAGUCCAUCUUAUUGUGCAUCAAAGGGAGCAGUAUUGAGCUUGACUCGACAAGUUGCCCUUGACUAUGCCGGGUCAAAAAUUCAUGUGAACGCUAUUUGUCCAGGAUAUGUCCAGACUGCAAUUUACAGUGACUUGAGAGCGAUUGGUGCCACUGAAGAAGAUAUGCAGCAGAAGCAUCCUUUCAAUGGACCAGGUAAACCAAGUGACAUUGCUAAGAUGGCAGUAGUCUUAGCAAGCGAUGAUGCCAGCUGGGUGACAGGAGUAUCGUGGCCUGUGGAUGGAGGUUAUACUGCACGCUAG